AUGGAGGAGACUUUGUUCCCUUACAUCAAAGACAACGUGAAGGAGUAUCUGCGUGCUCACUGGGAGGAGGAGGAGUGCCAGCGGGACGUGGGACUUCUGAGAAAACAGGCUCAGGAGGACUCCAGCUUGGAUGGGGCCGUGCUGAUCCCUUUGGAGAGCGGAAGUGGGGAAGAGGAGCUAGAGCGGGUCAUUCAGGCGGUCGUAGACAACGUGCACUGGCAGAUGUCUCUGGACAGGAAGACCACGGCACUGAAGCAGCUGCAGGGUCACAUGUGGAGGGCAGCCUAUGCAACAGGGCACGUCAAAGGAGAAAUCUUCGAGGAUGUGGUUCCAGCCAUCCGGAAGUGGCGGGAAGCGGGGAUGAAGGUCUAUAUCUACUCCUCGGGCAGCAUUGAAGCUCAGAAGCUUCUGUUCGGAUAUUCUACAGAAGGUGAUAUCCUAGAGCUCUUUGAUGGCCACUUUGAUACCAAAAUAGGCCCCAAGGUAGAAAGUGAGAGCUACAGAAGGAUUGCCGCCAGUAUUGGGUGCGCCACCAACAACAUCCUCUUCCUGACGGAUGUCCCUCGAGAAGCCAACGCGGCCGAGGAAGCAGAUACUCACGUGGCUGUGGUGAUCAGACCAGGCAACGCAGGACUGACGGACGAUGAGAAAUCGUAUUACAGCCUCAUCUCAUCUUUCACCGAACUUUUCCUGCCUUCCUCCACUUAGGAAAAGUGGUGCAUGCACAGAAGACUGUGCUUCACCUGAAUUGUCCUUGUGUAAUGUUAGGUAAUUUUGUCUAUAAUCAGAAUUUAAAGCCAAACCCACAUCAUGUCUUGGACCCGCAACUAGUGCAGGCAGAUAGGAAUGGAGUGUAUGGUGUGGGGUCCCUUGUGCAGUAGGACAGAGGCCUGCAGCAGCCAGCUGGAGCUGGGAACAGGGUGAGGAGCAGCACCCAUGAGCCCGACUGUUGCUCCCCUUUCCCAGCUAGCAAUUAGCUCAGGGAAUGCUUCCUUCAGACUCGCCCAUUGAAAUCUGGUGCUGAGACGCCCCACCAUGAGCUCCGUCAUUUUUAGAAACAGCCUGCAAACAAGGUGUAUGUCCCCCUGUCCCAGAGGGACUUCCAGGAACCAUGAGGGGAUAUGAGCUUCUCCCUGCAGACGGGGUUGCUGGCUAAGUCAAAACUUUCAAAAAGUUAGGGGUGUUAGGAUGCCCAAAGGAAAAUGCCAAAUGUGGGCUAUAAUACAGUAGGUUUGGGCUGCCACAGAAAAAGCCAGCCCUUGCUGCAGGCAAGCUCUUUAGACCAGGAACAACUUAAAUCUUGGCUAUAUCCACAGCAGGUCUAGGUACAAAACAGUAAAACUUGCAUAUGGAAGCUGUUAGAGCUACACAGCCAGCCUACCAGAAUGGAGUAGAGUAUAUAUAAAUAUGGCUUUUAAAAAUUAAAUUCUAGACCCACCUCACUGCUGCAUCGUGGUACUGGGCUAUGGGAUCCAACUGGCUGAACACCAAAGUCACCUUGACCGCCUUUCUGAAGUAUCUCCCUUAGCACUAAACUGUGGAGCUCCCCUCAGUAGCCAACAUCACCCUGUCACACGUUCAUAGCACUGGUCAGCUGUGAGCAAACCUUGACAAACAACUGCUCCUGAGGGACGCAUCCUGCUGCAUUUAAUGAGAAUUAAACCCCUGACCUUUUCACCCACCCUACCUAAAUUGUGCCAAUUUAUGUAAGAUGGUCAUGGAGCUUUUCCUAAUGUAGUAAAUAAAAGCACAACUUUGCUUUCAUUGUGUUCACUCCAUCCCAGUAUUUAGCCUUCCUGUCUAUCACCAGUGAUCCCAGCACCUAAAGGCUGGUUUUUAAACCUGUGAACACUUUGUUUUCCUGCUUUCGCCCUCCCUGGUCCUUUCUUUAAGGCAGACAACCCUGUCCUGCCAAGGAAGCUGUAUCACCUCCCUGACCGUCUUACAAUUUCAGUAGGGGCUCAGUGGGGGUGCAGGAGUGAGAGCCACAGCUAGGUUAUACCUAGUCAUAGUGGAGGCAGAGGCAGUCUGAAACCCCAGUUCCCUGCUGCUGGCACUUGUGCAUGGGUGUCACAAGCUGCUUACUCAUUUCUGCACGGCUGCACUUGAGCUUGCCCUCACGGGUGGCCGAAAUAGAAUACUACCGUGUGUGUUGCCUUCCUGAGCUGUGACCUACACCUACAGCUGUCUCUGUUGAGGGAGGCUGCUGUGUAGAGAACAAGCAAGAGACGGACAUUUUGGGAGGAAACCACAUCAUGCCAGCAUUGCCCUUCUAAAACUUUGAUGGUAGCAGGUAAGGCUGUGAGACAGCUAGUCUGGAUGCCUUUCUGGGCUGUGUAAUGAGUGUGAUCCUCCUAGAAGGAGCCUGCUGAUUAGCACUGUUACAAUAAGUGUAUCUGCAUGGCUGAAUAGUCCCUGGCUUCCUUAAGUGUUAAUUUUAAUCACGACACUGUAAAUACUCACCUUUUGUUUUGCCUUUGCCAUCAGAAAGCUAUGCAUGGGGUAGGGGACAAAAAUAAAACUCACUUUCUCCAUAA